UUUCUCCAAAAACAUAUUUAUAUAGGACUCCAAUAUCAGAUUUGGAUCACAUUGAUUUCAUUUUCUUUGUGGGCACUUCGUUUCAUAAAAAAAGAUAUUUCGACAUCAAGAUGCGUAUUGUGUUGGCAGUUCUCGUACUUGCGCUUGUCGCAAUUGCUGUUGCAAAACCAUCGCAGUUUAAUCAUAAAAAAGCGCUGAACAAUCGAGCUCUUUCGGAACGGAUAAAUGCCCUGAGGACGGCCCAUUCUAGACGACAGGCCAAAUUCGGACUUAAGAGAACGAAUGGGGAGAAAAAUGAGUUAGCUUCAUUACUUAAAAGAAUACUCGGUGCUGGCAAACUACAAAGUUGGAAACGAUCAGGAGAUUCAGAUAAUUCUGGUUCAUCGGGAGAAGAUGACUGCUACAGCUCAUGCAAUGAAUUAUUCCCUGAUGAAGAGGAGACAUCACCCGACUACGGGCCUGUCUUGACAUGUGCUGAACAGCAAGAGGAUGCAGACAUUCAGUUCUUUGAAGACAUGUACGCAAAGUACGCUGGAGGGCAACUAUUAACUUCUGACGAAAAAGAUGCACUGGCUGAAGCGGAAAAUGCAGAACAUGACAUCGUAGGCUUUUUCUUGACUUAUUUCAUUCAUGUAGCAGCCGGAGAGCGUUGGGAUGCCAACGUGAAUGAAGACGACAUAUCUGCUGAAGACGGCCAGGCAUUGGAUGAGCGUGCAUGUAUCUUCGGUCAAAACAAGGAAAUUACUUUUUGGGCGCUUCUUUCGCAAUUAUAAUAACAUAGAUAACAACUCGGUAACCUAUGGAAACGGAUAAACAUUGACUUGUAAAUGGACAUCGCUAAAUAUACCACGAGAGAAAACUACGUUUAGAAUCAUACCAUACUGCGACAAUUCUUUAUUGUUGGCAACAUUAAAAAGAAUGAAUUUAUCUCCAUUUUAUCAAACUGUACCAAAACGGAGAAUCUCUGAUGGACAUUGAGCGUUGUAAAACCGACGGUUGAGAUUUGUUUGUCAAAAAAAAAUGUAAAUCAUGGUUAUGCCACCAGGUCUUUGUACACAAAAAGUUUGCAUUAAUUAUUGUAAUAUGGAUUCCUAAUGAAAAA